AUGUCUGAAGGCGAGGUGCAGCCCGCCGCCGGCGGCAUCCCAGAAUCCCACCAUGCGGAGACCUACCAUGUGCCAGAGGCAUUCUUUGGCAAGCACCCGUCCAAGCCUCAUAUCGAAUCUCUCGACCAGUACAAGGAGCUGUAUAAGGAGUCCAUCACCGAGCCGCACAAAUUCUGGGCUCGCAUGGCCCGCGAGAACCUGGCGUGGGAGCGGGAUUUCCAGACGGUGCACACGGGAUCUCUCGCAGGCGGCGACAAUGCAUGGUUCUUGGAGGGCAGGCUCAAUGCUUCGUACAACUGCGUGGAUCGUCAUGCGGCGAAGAACCCGGACAAGCCAGCUAUUAUCUACGAGGCUGAUGAGAAGGGCGAGGGCCGCACCAUUUCAUAUGGCGAGCUGUUACGGGAUGUCUCCAAGCUGGCGUGGGUGCUGAAGCAGAUGGGCGUGAAAAAGGGUGACACUGUUGCCAUUUACCUGCCCAUGAUCCCUGAAGCUGUCGUAGCCUUUUUGGCUUGCACGCGUAUUGGCGCAGUGCACUCGGUGGUGUUCGCAGGAUUCAGCGCCGACUCUCUGCGAGACCGAAUCAUCGAUGCCCAGUCCAAGGUCGUCAUUACGACCGACGAGGGCAAGCGAGGUGGCAAGCUUAUUGGCACCAAAAAGAUCGUGGACGAGGCCCUGAAGCAAUGUCCAGACGUCUCUCACUGUCUCGUAUACAAGAGGACUGGCGCAGAGGUUCCUUGGACCAAGGGUCGAGACUUGUGGUGGCACGAGGAGACCGAGAAGUGGCCUGCAUACUACCCUCCAGAGAGCAUGCACUCCGAGGAUCCCCUUUUCCUGCUUUAUACCUCUGGAUCGACUGGCAAGCCCAAGGGUGUCAUGCACACUACCGCAGGCUACCUGCUCGGCGCGGCCUUGACAGGCAAGUACGUUUUCGACAUUCACGAUUCGGACGUCUUCUUCUGUGGUGGCGAUGUGGGCUGGAUUACUGGACACACCUACGUUGUAUACUCACCUCUGGUGCUUGGUGUUGCAACUGUUGUGUUUGAGGGAACUCCAGCAUACCCCGACUUUAGCAGAUACUGGGACACUUGCGAGAAGCACGGCGUCACACAGUUCUACGUUGCACCAACUGCCUUGCGAUUGCUCAAGCGAGCAGGUGAUGAGCACGUGAAGCAGCAGAUGAAGAAGCUCCGAGUGCUGGGAUCUGUUGGUGAGCCAAUUGCAGCAGAGGUGUGGAAGUGGUACCACGAGAUUGUUGGUAAGAAGGAGGCACAUAUUGUUGAUACAUACUGGCAAACGGAAACCGGCUCCCACGUUAUCACACCCCUAGGAGGUGUCACACCCACCAAACCGGGCUCUGCCUCCCUUCCCUUCUUCGGCAUCGAACCCGCCAUUAUCGACCCCGUCAGCGGCGAAGAGAUCAACGGCAACGACGUCGAAGGCGUGCUCGCUUUCAAACAACCCUGGCCUUCAAUGGCCCGAACCGUCUACGGCGCGCACAAGAGAUACAUGGACACCUACCUCAACGUCUACAAGGGCUACUACUUCACGGGCGACGGCGCCGCCCGCGACGUCGAAGGAUACUACUGGAUCCGCGGGCGCGUCGACGACGUCGUCAACGUCUCCGGGCACCGCCUCUCGACCGCCGAAAUCGAAGCCGCCCUCAUCGAACACCACGCCGUCGGCGAAGCCGCCGUCGUCGGCAUCAACGACGAACUCACCGGCCAGGCCGUCAACGCCUUCGUGUCCAUCAAAGAUGGCAACGAGAUCAACGACGCCCUCAAGAAAGACCUCAUCCUGCAAGUGCGCAAAUCCAUCGGUCCGUUCGCCGCGCCGAAGGCGGUCUUCGCGGUCCCCGAUUUGCCCAAGACGCGGUCCGGCAAGAUUAUGAGGCGGAUUUUGAGGAAGAUUUUGGCCGGGGAGGAGGAUCAGUUGGGGGAUACGUCGACGUUGAGUGAUCCGAGUGUGGUGGAUAGGAUUAUUGAGACCGUUAAGGAGGCGAAGAAAUAG